UUUGUGAUUCAUUAGCAAGUGUGGUAAAAUUUUGGGAGGCAUUUCAAAAAUUGUUUUUAUCCUAUCAUUUCUUCACACACUCACUGAGUCACUUCUCUUACCAUUUCCCGCUGAAAAACCCUUCUUGUUGCAGGCCCUUCCUUCAUAGUUCAUCCACUCUCUUCCGAAGUUACUUACAAAAUGAUGAAACUAGCCACCAUUUUCAAGUCCAGGGGCAAUGUAUCUGGGCAACUUCUUAACCGAUAUAAUGCUACUCAAGAUCUCUUUGGCUUGCAUGCUUCGAUGAACUGUGCUGGCAUCUCUACAGUUGGACAGCAGAGUUUCACCAAUGAUCGUAUCUUUGCCGCUUACUCUGUGUACAAGGGCAAAGCGGCACUGUCUGCUGAGCCUGUUCCACCAAAAUUUAGUACAGUUAAUUGUGGAGGUAUGAAAGUUAAGCGUCAAGGUUUCAUCUUGUUGUCCUUUUCUCCUUCUGUGGGAGAGCGCAAGUACGACUGGCAGAGGAAGCAGGUGUUUGCUUUGUCAGCCACAGAAGUUGGUUCCUUGAUUGCGUUGGGUCCUACUGGCUCUUGUGAAUUCUUCCAUGAUCCUGCUAUGCAAACAAGUAAUGCUGGUCAAGUGCGCAAGAGCUUGUCAAUUAGAGCAAAUACAGAUGGUUCUGGUUAUUUCAUGUCUUUAAGCGUUAACAACAGCAUCUCGAAGACCAAUGAGCGCUUUACUGUUCCUGUGACAAGUGCUGAAUUUGCUGUCAUGCGCACGUCAUUUAGUUUUGCAUUGCCCCACAUUAUGGGUUGGGAUCGAUUAAUCAGCCAGCUGCCCAAUCCGAAUGAGCAAAAUUCAAUGAAUGCUGGUCUGCGGAGCUCAAAUUCAAUGAAAGCCGGUCAGCGGAGCUCAAAUCCAAUGAAAGCUGGUCCGGGGAGCUCAAAUUCAGAAUGGGACAAAUGAACUGAGACACAGCGGACUGAUGAAGUUUGGUUCUUGCCUGGAAAUACCUAUUGAGCUUUCUUUUUGUCAGCACCAGAAAAAUGCAAAGAAGACUUUGUUAGAGGUACCGUAGGGUGCUAGUUUAUAUUUAAUGUACUUGAUAUUCUUGCCUCCUGUAUGUAGGAGCUUGAGUAUGGAGUAUGAUGGAGCUAUUAGUAUGCUAACUCAUUCUCCUUCACUGAGGUUUGUAGCCCAAUAUCUGGGUGGUGGAUUAAAAGUAGUGUAUGGUGUGUAAGGUUGAGGUGUGAAUUUUGGGCGUUUGAAGGAUAAACGAUUAUAAAUUAUUUGUCUUGUCCA